AUGCUCCACAUCGUCCUAGGUGCGCUGGGGUUAGCGCAACUCGCAGUGUCCCAGACUCCAGUGACUAUCACGAUCCCGUCCUCGAUCCCGUCAAAUGCAAAGUACUCGUAUGGCUCUCUCGUCGGCAUGUCUAUCGAGCAAGAUCGCUUCCCCGACUGGGCAGGCACACUCGGUUCUCCCAACCCGUUCACAAUGACCGUCCUUCAAAAUAUUGUCGAGCGAUAUGGAGUACCUCCUCCCAUCCGUGUGGGCGGUAACACAGAGGACAAGACGCACUGGUCGCCCGAUGUCCAGUACACGAACAACACCUACCCUGCAGCGACCAACACCACCCCCUAUCCCGAGGCGAACACUGUGGUCGUCGGCACUGACUUCUGGUCGCUUGCAGGGAACUUUCCCUCCGGCACUGAGUUCACCUUUGGUAUCAACCUCAAGGCCCAGGCGAACUAUGGGGCCGUCAUCGAAGCACAAAUCAUUACCCAGGUGUUUCAGACGCUGUACAAUCAGAUGAGCGGAGUGACGUUGCGUUAUCUCGAGCUGGGCAACGAGCCGGACCUUUAUGGCGGCGUGAGCCAUCAGUUUUCGGGAUGGACAAUCGAGUACUAUACCACCCUCUGGAACAGCCUCGCGACCUCCAUCCAAGGUGCCCUCACCUACCCGCCACGUAUGCAGAUCUUGUCCUUCGCCCACCCAACCCCGGCCAACGGUUUCACCGUCUCCGGUGCACUGGCCGCGGGUCUGCUAAACGGCACGCUGCGCGAGGACGUGUACACCGUCAGCGAACACCACUAUCAGGGUAGCUUCUGCCAAGGCGCUGGUGGUGCAGUCGCCGAUUUGAUGAACAAGGCGUACGUCAGGGGGAAUCUGAGCGUGUUUGACCCAGAGAUUGCGGCGGCCAAUGCACAAGGAUGGAGGUUCGAGCUGGGAGAGACGAAUAGUGUCAGCUGCCAUGGUGCUCCAGGGCUCAGCAACGCAGCUGGCGCCGCAGUAUGGGUGACGGAUUACAUUUUCCAGGCCGCUGCCAGAGGUAUCGAACGUCUUUAUUUCCACAACGGCAUUGGGUACAAGUAUGACUUCUUCGAUCCCUACAAUGGUAAAACAUAUCCAUACACACUGACACCCCACAUUCUUCCGCUGUAUCACUCCCUGUUGAUUCAGUCUGAACUCACCUCCUACACCGGCCCAAUCUACAUCGCCGAGCUGACGACGGACUCGACUUUCGUAGCCUCUUACGGCAUCUACGCCGCCGACACCAGCGCCCUGCUCCGCGUCGUGAUCAUCAACUCUGCGCCCUACUACACCUACUACACGCCUGGCUCAAGGGCGGAGUUCGCCUACACUCUCUCGGGUUUGACUACAGCCAAUGUGGCUGGAAAUGGUGGCAAUGGUAGUUACUUCCUCAGGCGUCUCUAUGUUCCUGGUGCCGACGCCACAAGUGGCCUCACCUGGGCUGGGCAGAGUUUUGAAACGGCCAGCGGAAGUCCAUCUGGAGCGAGGGUCGACGAGAGCGUCACGGGGGAGGUAUUCUCUGGUGUUGGUACCGAAGUCGUUGUCGCGUAUUUUGCAGAGGGUUGA